AUGGGCUGUGGUAUACUAUACUUCAUGAUUGCUCUUCUCGACAAAUGGAUUUUGCUGCUCAGCGGUCACCAUACUCUCGACAUAUUAGCAUACUUGGAUGACGCUAGGCGUAUGGCUGUCGGUUUUGCAUUGGCCUAUUAUCUCAUUGGCGCUGUGCUUAUUGACACCAAGGCACAAGAGCUACAUGUCGCUAUUGGUGGCAACACACCCACCGCCGUGAAAGAUGCCAGUGAGAUCCGUCCUUCACAGAAGUCAACCGUUCAUUUCCGACGAAAGGUCUAUUGGCGCACUCUUGGUAGCUUUCUUCUCUGGCAUGUCUGGAGUCUUGCAGUCUCCCUGGCCCUUAUCUGGUCGUUCCAGGAAUACAUGGAAGCCAUGAUCAUGUUCUUCGCUUAUGUUCUGUCCUACACUGGUCUGAUCUGGUACCAGUACACUAAGAUCUUCCUCGGCCCUCACGCACUCAAGCCCCUUCUGGUUGGUGUCUGCGUGGGUCUCCCGGUCGGAAUUGCUCUAACGGUCUGCCUUCCCAAAUUCCCAUACUCACAGGUCAUUGGUCUCGGAUCUGGCACCUGGACUGUUGCUAUUAUAGCUUUCCUUAACUCCAAGAUGGGGAUGCCAGGCAAGAUGCAGUCACCAGUCGCACUGGGGACGUCAUACCAUGCCUUCACCACUCCCUGGGCGGAUCCCGAAUGGUCGCAGCAGGAACUCCAGAGCUACUUUGAGACGGUUUCCUACCUUCCUGAUGACUCUCGUUUCGCCAUUCAUCCCGCUGCCCACCCCGGUCUGGAAAUCAAGAACAUACUGCUUUCGCGUCGAGAGGAGGUUCGGAUCCAUGAAGCAUUCCCCAACGCGAAAGAAAUUGUUGAGACUACUCUCUCCCGAUGGGAGAACGGCGGCAUUACUAUUGAGCUUAGGAUCGACUUGAGACUGGCUGUCAGCGUUCGAGGUUUACACGAUGAGAGACUCGACAUUAGCGCCAACUGCCAAAUUAUCGCCGAGACCUUGCUUCAUUCUGUAGCCGAAUCUAUUGCUGGAAUCCCACAUGAGUACGCAGUGCUCGCUGAGGCAAUUGUUUCAGGAGGUGUGACCCACACUAUGGCGCGCCAGCUUCGCGAGGAAGCCAAUUCAUCAGUCGUUGUUCGCUGGGCUAAGAAAGAGCUUCUCAAACAGCUCUGCCUUGGCUUCGAAGCUGACCUACACUGGGACAAGUUGCCAGAGGACGUCCGACUUGUGCUUCUCAAUCGUUGUCUUGGGAGAUCUUGUGCUCUUUCCAGCAUUCAGCGACAAUGGCUCCAGUCGAGUCUUUGUCAAUUCGACACUCCUGAUUUGGACACCCACAUUGCCCGGUGUAAUCUGGGAGCGGCUACUGCGAUCAGUAUCCUUGACUACUCAGUUGACGGAACUGGUGAGAAUGCUAUUCCCAAGGAGCCGGAGACAGCCGACUAUAUCCCGUACAUGCCUCGGAAGCUGCCUGUCCCUCUGGCUAUCGUGAGAUCGCCCAUGAGCUACAUUUACCACGGUCUAGGAGCUGCUGUCAAGUUCAUUGUCAUUGCUCUGAUGGCCGAUCCUGAGUUUCAAAGGGAAUUUGACCACGUCGCAAAGUCCUUGCCCACAAUCGUUCGAGUUCCAUCAGUCUUCUGCUUGAACAUGCUCUGGGUCUACGCCAAGUUCGCCCAAGAUCUCGGCCUGUCAUUCUUCCUCUUUCAUGGUCGCAAAAAUGUCAAGCGCCUGUGGGAUGAUACCAAGGGAAUGUUAAUUCACGUGAAAAAGAACAGAGUCCUGAUCCAGAGUCUGGACGGUACCUUCACUGCAUUCAGACACCAGGAAACUGAUGGUGGCUUCAAGGUGUACCAGUACGCCGGCGAGCACAACGCCGAGCCUAAGGAAGCCAAGUCGCUCAAGUACGUGAGCACUUAUUCCAGCGAGAUGCUGCUCCUCAUCAAGCAGGAGUUUAAGGAUGGGAAGGUGAUCAAUGAAUACCACUACGACUAUCAUGCGCCUGAAAAGAGAGGCUUUAAGAUGGGAAGAUCCUCGAACACUCGCAUACCUCUGGGACGGCGCUGCGUGACGGGCGAGAACUACCUUCAAAGUGUCCAGUACAACAAAAAGGGCCUUAUUGAAAAGGGCUCAUACAUGAAAGAUGGCAACCUUAUCCGCUUCCUCUACCACUACCGCAAGCACGCUUCUUUUGGUGAUGAGCUUCUACGCGCUGAGUUUUCCUUGUCCCACAUCACCUGCAAUGUGGCGUGGUGUGUUCCGCCUCGUCGUCAAGAGAAGAAGGACAACCGAUGGAUUCCACAUUCGAAGGUGACCAGCGCUAUGUUCGUCCAAAGAGAUAGUGGAGACGUCUACCAGAGUACUUGGCUGUACGAUCACAAGUUCCAUCCCACCAUUUUCACUCUACUUCAUGGCAAGAAAGUUACGACUCCUCCCAUGAUCGAGCAUGACUACCUGGGUGUUCUCUCCAAGCCAAGCUCUACCAGUUUUGUCAAUGACAAUCCGUUCGUCCACUGCAACAGCCUCCACUCGAACUUCUUCACUCGACUCCUUGGCUUGACCAAGAAGCGAUUCAGCGUCUCUACUUCUCGUGCUCGUUCACUGAUGUGGAAGGCUUGGGAGGAUCGCGUUGACUUCGAUGGUAUCAUCGUCCGAUGGAUGGAUGAUCGAAUUCUCCGCAGAGAUGCUGUCCUUGCCCCUUACUGGCGCAGUCGCGACUGGGGUAACCUUAAAUCAGCAAAGAAGUUCAUGGAUCUUCGUGGAGAUGCAGUCAUGGCCAGCGCUGACCUGGAUGAUAACAUCUCCAGCUGGACUCCUCUAGCUGUCAAGAUCAGUGAUCUGUUCAACUUCGGCCCCGGCGGUGACGCUGUUGUUACAACACGCUCUAGAGAAGCUGGCUCCGAUACAAAGGAUAACCUCCAUGUCAUGGCUGCUGAUACUGGCACCUGGCCCAAUGAAGGUGGUGGUGUCUCCGCCUGUCGACGAGACAUGAUCAACUCGCUGCGCAGUAUCAAGUGGCACAUAAUUUGUGAGGCUGCUAAUGACUUCGGUGUUCCCAAGCACCAGACCGAGCGGAACAUUCAGUCGCUGAAGGUGAUCCCGCUCUGGGGUCUAGAUUUCCUGACGCCCACGCACGGUCUAUUCGAGAACAAGCUGGACUCCGAGGUGGAAAAUGUAACCUCUGCCAGUGAAUUUGACAUCAAGAUGAAUUUCAUUCCAAUUCUGACCGCAUUGGUCAAGGGAGCUCGUGCUGUCAAUCUCACCAAGGCGGACAUUCACCAAGCUACUCGAGCCCUGGUCAACCUCAACACAUACUUCCAGGAUUCCCGCCAUUGGACGCAAGUUUGGAACAGCGAAAUGGUCAAGCAGACCUGGCGUGAGCUUUGGCUUACCCAGGACAUGCCCAAUACCAUCCCAUCCUCGGAGUGGUUAGACAUUGAGCUUCCUACGCUCUCCUCGCUCGAGAUUGCUCUUGUCAGUGCCUCGUACGGUGUUGUCUGCAAGAUCAAGCGAAACGUCACUCUGCAGAUUUGGGACCACGCCAUCAGUUGGCGUGAGACCAACCUCUGUCUGUCUUCGGCUUUGUGCAAGCUUUCACCCUUCGUGCGAAACGCGUUACUAGGCUUGAUGAGAAUCACCUCGGUCCUGACUCUGCACCACGCAGACAUUAUCCUUCCCUGUGCCGAUUUCUUCAAUCCAGGGUGGGAAGUCGAGAUCGGUACCUGCCAGGGCACAAUCGAGCACCGCAACAUGUUCCGCCGCAAGGUCGAUCCCGUAGUCAACGGCAUCACGGACAUGCAGAAGUUCUCACCUGUCAAGGAAAUCAAGUCCGAGCGUCCUACGGUCACCAUGUUGUCACACGUCUGGUAUGCCAAGGAUAUCAAAAUUGCCUUGCUGGCUGCCGACAUCAUCGUCAACCAGUGGAAAUUCGACGAUUACCACCUGGACAUCUACGGUGCCAUCGACAAAGCACCAACUUACUCAACCGAAUGCCAGGAGAUCAUCGCCUCCAAGGGUCUCCGUGGCCGAGUCACACUGCGCGGAACAGCCGAUCCCAUGAAAGUCCUUGAGAACACCUGGCUCUUCCUGAACUCCUCCCUUUCAGAAGGUCUUCCCCUGGCUCUUGGUGAAGCUGCUCUUACAGGAGCUCCCGUGGUCUGCACAGACGUCGGUGCCUCACUGCGUGUACUCAGUGAUCCAGACGACUUCUCCCGCUUCAGCGCGGUCGUCGCACCGAACGAUGCCCAAGCACUCGCCAGGGCCCAGAUCUCCAUGCUAGCGAUGCUCGGUGAAUGGGACAAAUACACAGACAACACGGGCCCCUGUCCAAUUCUCACAUCCACACCCACACGCGAGGAAGUCGUCGCCAUCCAGCGCCGCAUGUACGAGCACAGUGAGUCCCGCCGCAAAUUGGGGAUGCGCACCCGCCAGAUCGUGCAGAAGUCUUUCAGCGGAGACCGAUACCUUCGCGAACACGAGCAAAUGCUUUGGAUCGGCAAGGCCGUGAAGCUCAUGGCCAGCCGGGCCGCAGGAGACAUCCUCGAGCCACAAAUAGCUGCUGUUGACGAGGAGGUCAUCACAAUUCCCCCAAGCGCGGUCCAAACCUGGCGCUCAUCCGCUGCGUCAGGAAUGUCAGGAAUGUCGACCUUGUAUAGUUCUGUCUCGAACUACUCUCUUCAGGGCACCCGCAACCGACCGGAUUCCAGCAUCUCGGCUCUCAGUCUGAGCAACUUUUCAAAUGAUGAGGAGUCUUAUUCUCGUCUUCCUAUUUUUGCACCCCGUCGCUCGGCCCUUUCUCUUCUGUCUGCGGGUAACAGAUCGCCGAAUCCAUUCUCCAAUCAUAAUAUGCUCGGCCCUUACUCUUCUGGGGCGCGUCAGAGUCACCUUUCCGCGCGGUCGAUUUCGACAAAUGGGCGGGAGCAGGUGCGUGGUUUGCAUCGUGAAGAUUUGAUGCAAUAUCGCAAUUCAGAUGUCAGUAUCAUCAUGCGAGAGGACUUCCUCCGCUCUGGUAUGUUAUGGAGCGGUUAA